AGUUGAGAGUCGCGUGCAAACGAGUUAUCUCUAUCAGUCACAAGUCAGUAAUACAUACACAUAACGUACAUAUUGUUUCACCGUUGGCAGGCAGUGUUCCCGUAGUGUAUUGUACAAAUCAAACUUUAAAGAUGUCGAUCGUGGGUUACAGCACAGAGAUAAAUAACGGUAACUCCACCGCAGCUGAGAAUAACAGAUGCAGCUUGCGCAGGAUCGCGAGGCACGAGGUGCCAGAAUUCAGUAACGCCAGCAUCCUCAACAGCAUGGAGAGGUUCGUUCGUACAGUGAACGAGAUGGAGGAGACGAUAUUGGUACCUAGUCGAUUGUUGGAUUUAGCCGUUGGCGAUGCAGCAGACGAAAUUUGCCAAAAAGACAGCAAAUACGGCUUGUCCACCAUCAAAAGCAAUCUCUACAAUACCGAUCUGUACAGACUCUACAAUAUCGUCAACCAGAUGAAAAUUGAACUACUCUGGUCGCAGGAGGAUCCUGCUCAGAACCUCGCUGAUGAACAACAGGAGCAAGAAGCUCAGCGCAACAAGAUGCAGGUCGCCGCAAUAGAGCAGGCUCGUCUUGGUCACGCGAGGUGUCCAUCGACCACGUCUAUACAAAGUGUUCAGUCAGCAUCAUCGGUGGCAUCAAGCAGCUCAGUAAGUGACUCUGACUCGGACACAGGCAUUGAGAACGACUCAGGUUUGGAAAGCGAAGAGCCAAGUGAUCGACUUGCAAAUCUUGCUGCCGAACAGUUCAGACGUCAUCUUCAUGGACUCCAUCGCAGCAUCAACCGCAUGACCGAGGCAGCAGAAUACCUCAAUCUCAGAUAUCAAGCUGACGUCGGCGGUCAAGUUUGAUUUAAUGGCUCUAUUGACAAAAUCAACUCUGCUACUGUCUAUUACGCUCGCGUUUGUGUGAUUAUGGAACUUAGUUUUGCCUUUUGUGUUCGCUUUCGAUCUGCGGGGAGAUCCAAUAUUACUAUCCUUCUUUUUUCAAUCACCGAUUUUCUGAUUUUGUCGUUAUUGUCUCUUUCUUUUUUCUGUUAUCUAUGAUUUUUAUUAUUUCUUAGAGUUUUCUGUUGACAAUCGGAUUUCUCUUAUACAUAGUUCUAAACUGCAUUUUCAAGUCUUAGCAUUAAUCAAUUUCUCGAAUUUUCAUAUUAUUAUUCGCAAAUAUUGCUGUCUUCCUUUUUCUUUUCAUUAUUUUAUCCAAUAGCAUUUCUUUGGCACUUCGUAUUAGCUUUACACGGUCUUUGGAGAUUAUGGAUGAACACUAGAUAAUAUUUUGUUAAUGUCGAUACUUCAUUGGUGGUAAAUACUGACAAUUCUGUAAGGGGGAUAAAACAUUACGCUCAUGAGAAGCUUUAUAAACUAUUCGAUAAUAAACAUUAAAAAACUGAUUUAUUUUUAAGGAGGGUGAAAGUCUCGUGCAAUGUAGCGAUUAAGUUAUGAAGCAAUAUUGCGAAAAAAGGAAAUGAGCGCAAUGUUUUGAAAAAGCCACAUUGUGCAGUGAUGUUGUACUGUUAUCAUCAUUAUUAUUUCUUAAAACACAAAUGGAAGAUGAGUCUAUUAAGAUGUGCACAUAUGAGUGCAUUAAUAUUUUAUAAUAAGCGUAUUUUUUAUAUGCGUGUUUAGUACGCGCGAGCGUAAAGAUCGAUACAAAAAAUUAAUCGAACGAACAAAAGAGAGGAAUGAUUUGAAGAUAAUAAUUUUUAAGUGGUGGUUUGAUCUUUUUAUUGAGACGUGGUUCAGCGAGUGUGUAUAUAGUAAUUAAGUGAGAAUUAAAUUUUAUAAAGUGGUAAAUCCGAGAAUUCGGUUAGGUUUAAAUUGAAUUCUUAAUAGGAAUAGUCACAAAUUCAGGGAUUUAAUGUUCUCUACGUAGAAUUAGUUUCGUCUAUUAUUUAUUUUGGUUUUUCUUCCUUUUUUUCGUUAGUUUUUACAAAUGUAAUUUAUAUAUGAAGUCAAGAGAGAGCGCUCUACUAUGCAAAUUUGCGUGUGUCGUAAUCUUUUGUAUGGAAAUAAAACAGCCAAUAAAGAUUGUUUAAAUAUCCCUAAAUGACGUUCACGAUGUCGUUAGUUGCGAUUGAAUAUUCCAAAUUUUUUGUUCUAAAUCUGAAUUGGAAAAUGGCAAUCAUUCUUUAGUGCAUAAUUUUGAAUAGCCAAUUAAAAAUAAAAGAAAAAGAUUACAUCACAGGCAUAACCAAAAGUAAUAGAAACAAAAAUUGGAUGGAGAAUCCGAGCUUAGCAUUGCGAGAGUGCAAAUUUAUGUAAAUCAUUUUUCGUCUCUGUAUAUAAUUUUGUAAAUAAGCCAGAGGUUCACUCUGAAGUUAGACCUGAUCGUUGAGGACCUUCUUGUCUUAUGAGAAGCAGUACAAGCACGAGACACAUUUCACGUUAUUAUAAUUUAAAGAAAAACGUUAAAAAUUACAUUUUUCUUUUUUGCAAAUUCGAAAAUGUUCACUUUAAAUUUGAAGUCGACAGUUUCAUUAAAUAUUUAUGCUAUAAAUAUAAUCUUCCCUUUUAAUUCUUGUUGAAAUUAAUUUCUUUACGUUAUUUUAUAAAAUUUUAUUAUAAAAUAAGUUUUAAUUAAAAAGAAUAUUGAUGUAGCACGUUUUAGAAUAAUGAGCAUUGUAUUGAAUGAUGACGCGAUAUGUGUUGAGCUACAGUUAAACAAGUUUUAUAUAUUUUCAAAUGUUAUAAUGUUUUUACAAAUGAAGGUAGAUUUUUCAACACAUUUUUAGAAAUAUUUAACUGUAGCGAGCAAAUCUAGUCCAAAUCUACUGCAACUCAAUAAUUAUCAAAUAAGUCUGUCGUAACUUCUGCACGACGUAAAAAAUUAUAAGCAUCCGUAUAACUAAUGAUAAAUAAGUAAAAUACAUGGUACAGACGCUUCAAAUUAUUGAUCUGAGCAAUAGCAUUUUAUAAACUUGACACGAUAAAAAGUCAUAUGCACUGAUGUCAUAUCUAAUGUACAACCUAAUAAUGAUAAAAAAAUUUUUAUCGAUUUUUUUGAAAUGGCAUAUCAUUUAUUACAAAUUCCUCGAUAAAAAAUAUAUUGCUUGUUAUUUUUAU